AUGGAGCAGAACAAGAAGAAAAGCUCAGAGUGGGCGAAGAAGGCCAGCGCCGGAGUGAAGAUCACCUGGUUUAUGCCUGACAAGUCUGGCAAUUCACCUUCAACCUGGGGCCGCGUGGUAGAUGGAAAGCUGGAUACUCGAGGCAAGGCCAUUGAGGCGACGGCAACGGCGGCACCGGCACCGAAGAAGGGGCCUAGGCCCUCAAAGGAAGAAGCUUCAGCGGCUCCCAAGCGAGGUCCCAAGGCCAAAGCUGAGGCAAAGCGCUCUGCCAAGGCCAAGGCUACACCGACGGCCACCGCGAGCACGGCGAGCGCGAGCACAGACACCGCCGUGGACUGCGUCGCGCCCAAGAAGCGGCCUGGCCCAGCGGGUGCAGGGGACCUCGCCGCUAUGGCUCCCGCAAAGAAGCAGAAGCUUGAAGAUCAAUCCGACGCUUCAGACCCGUUGCAGCUUGCGCCUGUGUUUGCAGGGAUGGGCCAUGGUGGUACCUGGUUGAAGAUCUUGAAACCUGUCCUUGAAAGUUUGAGUGAUGCUGCAAGCUUUAUUGGUCCCAGCCGGGACAAGGGCAUCAUCCCAGUCCGAGAACUGACUUUUCAAGCACUAAAGCCGAAUUUGCCGUCUGGAUGGCGAGUGGUGUCCUUGGGCCAGUCACCGUACCCUCGCAUAGAAUCUGCAACCGGAAUUGCACACUUCGAUAAUUCAAUUACUUCCUGGGAGUCGAAAAAGUUCGGAUCUGUGGUCACGAUGCGUUGUCUAAUCAAAGCGGCGGCAAUGUCCAAGUUCAAGAUUGCCAAAGCCACCAAAGUGCCAGACCUGCGAAAGCUUCUGGCCAAGGAGGGAAUUGUUGGUCCCCCCGAGUGGUUUCAAGCAAUGCUUGCACAAGGCGUUCUUCUGAUGAAUGCUGCUUGCACGAUCAAGCCCGUGGAAGGCACUCGUGCCGGUGAAGUUGUGGAGGAACACCUGCUUUUCUGGCAGCCAGUCAUGCAAGCCGUAGUCAAUGCCAUUCUGGAAGACUGCCAGAAGAAUGAUCGGCCCAUAAUCUUUGCUUGGUGGGGCACGGAAAGCUUGAAGACCAAGCGAUUUCUGGACAAGUCAUCGUUUGCGAAGUACCCGAGUGUGAAGGUGAGACACAUCGAACACAAGAAUCCAGCGGCAAUGGCCGACGCCUUCUGCGACGCGCCGAACAUCUUCGAUAACAUCAACAAGGCCAUAGGCGAGCUGAAGCUUGGGAAGCCCAUCGACUGGCUCCCCAACAAAACUUGGAAGGCUGAGUUGGGGAUCGAUGAGCAUGCUGCCGAGAUGGGAGCCUUUGUGGCUGAAACUCAGGAGCUGCACAGGAUGUACCUAGAACGCCUGAAAGACGGCCUGGACAGCAGGGCAGAUAACCUCGAAGACAUCCUCGGAGUCGCGUCACAGCCGCUGCUCGACCUGCCUUCCACGUGCAAGCCCUUCAACAAAGUUGUAGCGGGAAAGGAGUCGGUGGUUAAAGCGGGGAAGAUGACCAGAGCAGGACUGACUGUCGAUGAAGCCGCCGCCCUGCAUUUGUACACCACCAAUCACCUUUACAAGGCACUAAAUGCAGCCCUGCGCGAUCCUGAGCGGAAGGAGACCAAACAGUAUUUCCUCUAUCUCAGGCUGUUCAUCGCGGCGAUGGAGAAGCUGCCCAAGUCUACACGACAGCUGUACCGAGGAGUUGCCCUGGACCUUGCGGACCAGUACCAGGUUGGCACAGCAGUGACCUGGUGGGCAGUGUCCAGCUGCACGCCUGACUUGGGUGUGGCGAGUAGCUUCAGCGGCGCCAAGAAGUCGACGUUGUUUCUGAUCACGGCUUCGCGAAGCGUUGGCAUCCGGGACUUCUCCCAAUACCAGAGCGAAGAAGAGUACAUACUUGCGCCCGGUACCCAAUUUAAGGUCACGAAAGUGGAGCGCAAGGGCUCGACGGUCCAAAUUCAUAUGACAGAAAUGGAAACCCCGAGGAGAGUGCACUGA